AUGAAGGUAGGUGCGUUGUUUGCAACGUUUAAAGAAUUGGAAGAAAAAAUUAAAGAAUAUGAAACAAGCAAAUUUAUUACUCUACAAAAAAGGGAUUCCUGUUUAUUAUCUAAAGCGGUAACAAAGUAUCCUAGAGCUUCAAAAGGCAAUCAAGAUCUUAAGUAUUAUUUUAUUGAGUAUGCAUGUUCAAAAGGCGGAAAGCGUUUCAAGAGUCGUGGAAAAGCGAUUAGAAAAUCUUCUACAAUGUAUGAAGGAUGUCCCAUGAAGAUAAAAUUAGUCCUUACAGAAGACGGUAAGCACUUACGUUGCAAAUUACUACAUGAUCAACAUAAUCAUGAUAGAAAUAAGGAUACAUACAAGCACUUUGCCAAAAAAAGGAAGCUAGAAAUUGAAGAUCAGAAGGAAGUUCAACAGCUAUUAAAAUUACGAGCAAAUCCAAAAGAUGUUCAAAACUAUAUAAUGCAAAAGACUGGAAAAAUUGUUCUGACCAAAGACAUACGAAAUAUCAAAUACGUUGCAAAACUGCCUUUAAAAUCCAAUAAUUUGGAGAAUAUUGUGUCAAUAUUAUCUAAAAAUGAAGGAUCUAUUGUAGAAAUCGCGCACGAUCAAGACGUGAUUGAUGAGAAUAUUAAUAGCAAUAAUAAUUACAACUAUGCAUCCCAAAUACCAGAAGAAAUGGAAGGAGAAAUAUUAUUAGAAGACAUAGAACUAUCAGAAGAAAGAGAAAUAUCAGAAGGAAAAUUAUUAUUAGAAGACAUAGAACUAUCAGAAGAAAGAGAAAUAACAGAAGGAGAAAUGUUAUCAAAAGCCAUAGAACUAUCAGAAAAAAGAGAAAUAAAAGAAGCAGAAAUAUUAGCAGACGACAUAGAACUAACAAAAGAAAGAGAAAUACCAGAAGGAGAAAUAUUACCAGAAGAUAAAAAACUAUCACAAGACUAUGCAUCCCAAAUACCAGAAGAAAUGGAAGGAGAAAUAUUAUUAGAAGACAUAGAACUAUCAGAAGGAAAAUUAUUAUUAGAAGACAUAGAACUAUCAGAAGAAAGAGAAAUAUCAGAAGGAGAAAUGUUAUCAAAAGCCAUAGAACUAUCAGAAAAAAGAGAAAUAAAAGAAGCAGAAAUAUUAGCAGGUGAUAUUGAUGUAUCAAAUGAAAAAAAAAUACCAGAAGAGGAAAUAUUAUCAGACGACAUAGAACUAUCACAAGAAAAAGAAAUACCACUAAAAAUAAACAUCAACAUGACUAACAAUAAUGACAAAAAGGGAAUAACUGGAAACAGAUAUGUCCUAAGUGAAAUAACAUUACCACCAAAAAUGGUUAAAUGCGGCAGACCCAAGGGCGCAUCGCAUCUAUGUCCUGACCCCAUAUGUACGGUGCAGGAGUCCCAUAUCUAUUGUUCCACGCGCAAGGGGCGCGAGUCUCAUACCUAUUGUUCCGUGCGCAAGGAGCGCGAGUCAGCCAACUAUGGUUCCGUGCGCACGGGGUAG